UGUAUUGUAAACACCGAGCCUUUGGGGUUUAAAAACAGUGCGUACAUGGGAUGCCCGAUCUUCACAAUCCGUAUACGCUGUAGUGGAUCUUGAAUAUUAAGUGGUUCCCAAAUAGCGUGCUAGUGGUCAAUUACUUUGUUAACACAAUAGGACAUAAGAGAAUGGAUGCAGGUGACAAAAGAGCUGAAGGGUAUGUAAAUCACAUAAUGGACACGAAUGAUGAUGACAACGGUACUGCCCUGCAUGAGAUUAGACCCUCAGGGAAAAAAAACGACUCCCAUUCUCAUGCACAUCCGUUGUUCACCAUGCAAACGGAGGCUGACGUAGCAGUGCCUCAUUACGAUGCUCCAGGGAUCGAUAUCCUGUCGGAAGGAAACGUCGACGUUCCCGGACAAACGUUGCCGAAACAAAAGAACGAGGGUACCAAGCCUGGCACGCAAGUCAAACAGAUCAUUGCUUGACCCAUCGAGUCUUCCUAAGAACCCUGUAGAUGAGAACAAGAGCACGAUUGAGACACCGAAGUUUGAUGACUCGUUUAUAUAUGACUCUGGCACAACUUUGAUAUACUCAAGACAUGAGAAAGUACCGCUGAAAGAUUUCUCGAAUGAAGUACGAGCACAUAUGGAUGUAAAGAAGUUUCUGAACAAGACCGUGCUAUUAUUAGACGUCAUGCACGUCAGCCUCGAUGCAAUCAUCGAUGAAAUUCUACGCCGACUUCUCGACUUGCCUGAAUACCAGAUCUGUUUCGACCAGGCCAGAUCUGCCUUGUUCACUAAUGAUAAUGUGCACCAGUUAACCCGUACACUGCAGUGCACGAGUAUCUCGGAAGGAGAAGGAUUUGACCAUGACCAGAGUUGGCUUUGUGCAAUUGCCAGCAUUCCCUCGAUCACACAAAGACACGUUGGUCUAGCGCGACUUCGUCAUCCUGCAAAUUUUGGACCUUCAAGUCAAGAAGUGUAUUUUGUGAUACUGAUUCUAACGCCAAUAAAAGAGAAAGGAACGAAGAGCGAUCUUGAGACGGGUCGCACUUUUGCUACGAUCUUCUCCAACCUUGAACUUCGCAACCAGCUGCUGGACUGCCAUACCGAGGAAGAGUUCAAGGUCGUUCUCGCCAAGAACACGCAGGCGCUUGUGGAUAAGAUGUCAAGAACUGACGAGAAGGAUAAUUUGAUAAAGACUGAAACAGAGGAGAAAUACUGCUGGUUCCUUGGCGGACUUAUCGGAGAUUUUAAACGACGACUACCACACUACUUGUCAGACUACAAAGAUGGUGUAGUGGGCCCAAAAGCUGUACAGAAAACUAUUUCUACAACUUUCUUCCUAUACUUUGCCUGCCUCAUGCCCUCUAUUGCAUUCGGGGUCCUCAAUUCCGAAAAUACUCAGAAUGCCCUGAAUGUGGAAAAGGUAUUGUACUCACAGUCAAUCGGAGGACUUGCAUUUGCAAUAUUUGGCGGUACACCCCAGAUUGUGCUACUGACGACAGCACCUCUGGCUCUGUAUACAAAGAUUAUAUUCAGCAUAUGUGAGGACUUUGACCUAGAUUUCACAGCUAUGUAUUGCUGUGUUGGCCUCUGGAACACAUUCUUCCUGUUUCUCUAUGCAUUCUUUGACCUGAGCAAAGUUAUGAAGUGGUCAACAAGAUCUUCAGAAGAGAUUUUUGCGGUGUUCAUAUCAAUUGCUUUCACGAUUGAUGCCAUAAAGAAUACAGUGCUUAGUUUUGAUACCUACUACUCGUCCCCUCAAUGUAGCAGCGACUUCAACGCCACUGCUGCUCUCUUUAACACAAAUCUUACGUCCUCCAUUGACGUGGUGUGCGAACGAGACAUCAGUCUGCUUUACUUGCUGUUGCUACUAGGCACACUGUGGCUUGGUGUCUUCCUGUUCAACUUUACCAAAACACCAUACUUAAAUCCUGGGAAGCGGGAACUUUUAGCCGACUAUGCACUGCCGUGUGCCGUCAUCUGCAUGAGCCUCAUCGGUGUGUUUGCCUUCAAGGAUGUUAAGAUGUCCAAAAGUUUUGACAGCAAGCGCAAUGAAGACCUGUUUUCAUUGGUUGAGCUCGGAUCUCUCUCCGUUGGUGCUGCGUUCGGAGCCAUGGGACUGGGGUUCUGUCUUUCCCUGCUCUUUUUCAUGGAUCAAAACAUAUCAGCGGCCUUGGUGAAUGCACCGCAAAACAAGAUGAAGAAAGGUAGUGCGUACCACUUGGACCUGGUUGUCAUCGGCCUCAUCAACGGUGUCCUAUCGAUGUUUGCCUUCCCUUGGGUCCACGCAGCACUUCCACACUCACCGCUUCACGUGCGAGCGCUGGCUGACGUUGAGGAACGAGUUGACCAGGGACAUAUAUACUCCAUAAUCGUUAAAGUGCGUGAGACGCGCUUGACGGCGAUAUUUUCCAGCAUUCUGAUUGGCCUUUCUUUGUUGUUUUUGUCCGUGCUGUCGUAUAUUCCCACCCCUGUCUUAUACGGCAUGUUCCUCUACAUCGCUGUCACUGCUCUGACAGGCAAUCAGAUGUUUGAGCGGCUUCUGCUUCUAAUCACAGAACAGUCAGCAUACCCGCCCAACCACUACAUCCGGCGAGUACCACAGCGUAUGAUGCACUUCUUCACCCUGCUUCAACUUGUCCAGCUGCUUGUGUUGUGUGGAUUCGGCUUUGCUCCAUACCCGUAUCUGAAGAUGUUCUUUCCUGUGAUCAUUUUUAUACUUAUACCAAUCAGACAAAAGGUGAUUCCGAUGAUAGUUCAACAGAAGUACCUUCAUGCUAUGGACAGCCACUGAGAGUCCACAACUAGCAGCAAAAAAUAACCAAAUGUUGCUGUUUUGUUAAGAGUCAAUUACCAGUAUUUAGUUGUUUUAAUAACCGCACAAUUUAAGGAUUACUGUAGUAUUUAAUCAAGAUUUAAUUUUUUUUUAAAGUGUGUACUAUUGAUAUUAAAUAUGUUAUGCUUGUAUUGGUUUAUAAGUUAAUCAAGAUCAUAUAUGAAUAGGUCUUGAUCUCCAUACUUAGGUCUUUAUCUUCAAUGUUAAUCUUAAAUCUUUAUCUACAGGUUAAGGCAUAUAUCAAAAUCAGUUAUAAUAGUAUUAUGUUUGUAUCUCCUUGAUGACUUACAGGAAUUUAUCUACAUGUAAAGUUUAAGGUUCUUAUGUGUUUGUCAAUUCCUAGUUCUUGUUCAGUAGGUAUAUUCAUAUAUCUUUUUCUGCAGUCACAGUCUUGGGCCUUGAUUUUUAUAGCCUUAGGGUUUCAUCUGCAUGUAAAGUCUUAGUUCUUGAUCAGCUAAUAUAGUAUUUGAUCUUGAUCUGUAGCCUUCUGAAUGCAAUAAUCAGGCGUAUGUGACGCUCAUUAAACUUGUUAACUCCUUUCGAUUAUAAGUAUUGUAGGAAUCUCAACAUUUAACUCAAACUUUAGUACUUUAAUUAUAGUAUGUACCAAUACACGGUGCUUACUUAAUACACCUUUAAAUAAAAAUUCUCGGUUUUGUUCAUUGUUGUCUAAAUUGUUAAUGCUACGCCACAAUAUGGAAUGCCUAGUAUACUAUUGUGUUGUAUUAAUAAUUUUCUUAUGGAUUACCACAAUAGUAUGCCUUUAUUCUGCAUAACACUGAAAAUAGGGACACACUUUCACACAAAAAUGACAUUCUUAACAUGUCUGUUACUAGUUUAUAAAUGUACAACAACAUUUACAUUUCGUUCCCAUUUUUGAUAUACAUGUAAGUGCAAAAACAAGCAUGGCAUUUUGUUUACGUUAGUGUAUUUCGUUGUAAAGAGACAUGGGCUGUCAUGUAGAUAACAUUUUUUGUAUGGGUGUAAUUUUACACAGACUUUUAAUGGUUGUCUAACCAUAAGUGUGAUUGGUUGUUGCGAAAUCCCCCCGAAAUGGCAGUUUUUUGAAAUUGUGUGUACUGAAACCUAACCCUUACACAGUUGGUGAAAAUUGUGUAUAUUGGAACCAUAAAAUAUUAUUAAAAGAUUAUGUGAUUGGGUUUUGUUUGUUUCAUUGGAUUAAAAUGACAAACGAGA